UAAGAACGUAUACCACCAAAAAACUUAUAAUAAUUUUGCUGAGGUACAGUCUUAGCAACCGUGCUAAGUAUUAUUUAUAGUGUAAACUUAUCUAUUCUGCAGCUUAUGCACCUUCUUAUACAAUGGAUGAUAUUAUGAAAUGCCACGUUGCACCAGCUGAUGUUCCACAAGCAUGGAAGGACAUGGUCAGUCCUUGCAUAAAGAUCCUCGAGGCUCAAGUUAAAACUGAAAUCGAGGCUGCCAUGACUUACCUUGCUAUGGGCGCACAUUUCGCACGAGACUCGGUGAACCGACCUGGUUUUAGCAAACUCUUCAUCGAGAGCGCAGGCGAGGAACGUGAACACGCAAUUAAGAUCAUCGAGUACUUGCUGAUGCGUGGAGAGUUGGUCAGCGACGUCAGCAAGCUUCUCAAGUUCCCGCUCAAGCCCAUCCGUGAGGAAUGGAACAGCGGUGUCGAAGCUCUCACCGACGCCCUCAACCUCGAAUCCCAAGUCACCCGCAGCAUUCGGGACAUCAUCAUGACCUGCGAGUCACCUAAGGACAUUCCUUUCAACGAUUAUCACUUGGUAGAUUACCUUACCGCAGACUUCCUGGAUGAGCAGUACAAGGGCCAGCGGGAUCUUGCUGGAAAGAUCUCGACCUUGGGCAAGAUGAUGGCUUCACAUGGAGCUUUGGGAGAGUUCUUGUUUGACAAGAAGCUUCUGAAGAAUGAAGUUUAAGAAGUGCUGUUUAAUAUUUAAGAUACAAAAGAACAAAUUAUACAAUAUGUAAUUAUUUAGUUAAGGUAUAGAAAAACACCUACUUUUGUGAACAAAAGAUAUACUCUUAUUUUUCAUUUUUUGGAUUUUUUUUUUACAAACGGCGUUAUGUGUCCAUAAUCUGGCCAGCAUAUACUGCAUAAGGAUAAGUCGGUUAUUGUAUAAAGAACGUUUUAUAUAUAGUUUGUUAUUCUAUAAUGAACGUGUUAUCUAUACCAAUUAUGUGAAUAAAAUAUUUCAAGAAUUAUAUAAUAAAAUAAAAUUGUAUUGUUGAAUUUAUUUUCCCUAUAUUUUCGAUUACAAAAGGAAGAUUAAUAAUACCAUUAGACUUUUCAUUGUUAUACUGUAACAGUUAUAGUUUUAUUAUGCAGACUCGCCGAUAAUUUUUCAUAAUCAGAUUAGUUUUACAAAACAGUUUCACAUUCAUACCAUACUGUACAUCUUUUUUUUACUGCUUACAAGCUCAAAUGAUGUCACCUUGGAAUCGUUUAUGUGUCAAUAAACGCUUGCGUUGCUUUACAUUUUACAAUAGUCAAUUUUGUUCAAUCGAGAACUUCAUCUUCAUACAUUUUACAAUUUUGUCUGUAAUUAUUUCAAUCAACGUCGAAAAUUCAGCCACUCACAUGAAAAAUGUGUAAAAUUAUAGAAAUUCAUUUUUUUCGUAUAUAUUUUUCAGCAAGUCUAAUAGUUUUUAAUUUAACUCUAUUGUAUCCGUGACAAAAUUAUAUAGUACUUUAAUAUACUUUCAGACAUUUUCCGAAAAAUAAAAAACUUAUAGCAAAUUAUAUUUUAUAGUUGAAGCAUAGAUCAUAUCUUAGAUAGUAUUUUUUUUUUAUCGCAUAGAUAAUAUCGAGCGCCCUUGAUACUUUCUGCACAAUCAUUAUAUCUGUCCUUAAAAUCACAUAUAUAGAGCCGAUCAAUGGAUCAGAACAAUGCAUAAAACUUAUUGUAAAUCCGUUUUUACAGAAUUUUGACAAUUUUAUUUAUACGUUUGAAAAUUGUUGUGUUGUCAGUUGGACCCGGCUUUGAGUUUAAUCACAAAAACG